CACUACCAGUCAGAGUUGGCGGGAAAGUGGCUGUUGGCGCAGCAUGGCGGCGGCGGAGUCGCUGACCUCGGGUGGCCCCGGGGCCGUGCGGCUGCCGAGGUCGCCACCACUCAAGGUGCUGGCAGAGCAGCUGCGGCGCCACGCGGAGGGAGGCCCGGGCACGUGGCGGCUGUCGCGGGCGGCCGUGGGCCGAGCGCCGUUGGAGCUGGCGGCGGUGUGGAUGCAGGGCACCGUGCUGGCGGCGGAAGGCGGCCAGGCGCGGCUACGCGACCCGAGCGGGGCCUUCUCGGUGCGCGGCCUGGAGCGCGUACCCAGAGGCCGGCCUUGCCUGCUCCCAGGAAAGUAUGUGAUGGUGAUGGGCGUGGUUCAGGCCUGUAGUCCUGAGCCCUGCUUACAGGCUGUGAAGAUGACGGAUCUUUCUGACAAUCCCGUCCACGAAAGCAUGUGGGAAUUGGAGGUGGAAGACUUACACAGGAGCAUCCCUUAGAGCUGGGACCCUCUAAGAACAGCUUUCCCCGUGAAGUCCUUUACCACCAUGUGGGUCUCCGAGACAUCACAAGGGUUUCAUGAAGAGAUUUGCUUUGGUGGAGCCAGACGUCUGCACUCUGGGAGCUGGAACUUAUAUUAACUCUGCCUCCUCACUGCCCAGGGCUUUGGCUGCUUGGGGAUGAGAAGCAGAUGCUCCAGGCUCUUCCCUUUCUGUCAUUUAUGUGUAUUAAUUUUUCUCACGUUGCCAUCCCUGAUGUGUCGAGUGAUAACACUUUAUCCUCUAUUGUACCCCAUUUUAAGAUGCAAAAUCUGAAUUUCGGUUAUUGCCAGUGGGAUUAAAGUUAUGGACAUGA